AUGGCGCACGACGGGGCGACGAUCAGCGGGGGUUGGGAGCUGACGCGGCUCCGGACGCUGGGGCGGGGCGCGUCUGGCGCCGUGGUGUCGCUCUUCGCGGCUGACGGCGGUGGCGAGGACGAGCAUUCGCUGCUCGCGGUGAAGUCGGCGAGCGCCGCCUCCGCACAGGCCCAGCUGCGGCGGGAGGAGGGCAUCCUCGCCUCGCUCUGCUCGCCCUACGUGCUCCCCUGCCUCGGCUCCCGAGCCGCAGCGGGCGGCGAGUACCAGCUCUUUCUCGAGUUCGCGCCCGGCGGCUCGCUCACCGACGAGGUGGAGCGGAACGGGGGCAGCCUGGAGGAGGGUGCCGUCCGGGCCUACGCGGCGGACGUGGCCAGGGGCCUCGCGUACCUCCACGGCGAGUUCAUGGUGCAUGGCGACGUGAAGGGCCGGAACGUGGUGAUUGGGGCCGACGGCUGGGCCAAGCUCGCGGACUUCGGGUGCGCGAGGAGCGUCGAUUCAGCGGGCCCCAUCGGGGGCACGCCGGCGUUCAUGGCGCCCGAGGUGGUGCGCGGGGAGGAGCAAGGCCCCGCGGCCGACGUGUGGGCGCUGGGGUGCACCGUCAUCGAGAUGGCCACCGGCCACGCACCCUGGAGCGGCGUGGACAGCGUGUUCGCCGCAGUGCACCUGAUCGGGUACACGGACGCCGUGCCGGAGGCGCCCAAGCAUCUGUCGUCGGAGGCCAAAGAUUUCCUGGACAAGUGCCUCAGGCGGCGCGCCGGCGAUCGGUGGACGGCGGCAGAGCUGCUGGAGCACCCGUUCCUGGCGUUGGCCGGCUGCGGCUGCGACGUCGAGGCCAAGUGGAUCUCUCCGAAGAGUACAUUAGACGCCGCAAUGUGGGAGUCAAACUCCGAGGAUGAGGAGGAGGGCAAUGUGCCGGAGGAUUGCACGACCGAGAGGAUGAAAGCGCUGGCGGCAUCAUACUCGGUCCUGCCGGACUGGGAGUCGGACGACGGCUGGAUCGAUGUAUUGAGAGGCCAAUCUGAACUUCCCAACGGCGCGGCGGCGCAUGGAUGUUGCUGGGAUGAUGAAGGAUUAGAAGCAGAGAUAGGAAUAUUAGAAGCUCUAGUCAUUGGUGCUGCCGUGCCGGUGGCCGCGGCGUACGACACAGCUUUUUUACUAGAAGCAGAAACUAGGAGCAGCCGAUAA